GGGAGAGAAGGGUAGUGACGGAACUUCAGGGUCUGGAGGACCAAAAGGGAUACGAGGCCCUCCCGGACUGCCUGGAUUCCCCGGAACAUCAGGAAUUCCAGGUCUCCCGGGACAGGAUGGCCCCCCAGGCCCCAAAGGAACUGCAGGCUGCAACGGGACUAAGGGUGAGCGAGGAUUCCCUGGAAGUCCAGGCUUCCCCGGACUGGAGGGUCGAUUGGGUCCACCUGGUUUUCCAGGACAAAAGGGAGACCCAGGUGAUGUUUUCACAGAUGACCGUUUCGGACAGAAAGGAGGUGUAGGUCUGCCUGGCCUGCCCGGAGUUCCUGGUGACCAAGGCCCCUCGGGAUUGUCCGGUCCUACCGGCCCUCCCGGRCCCAGAGGUUAUGCGGGUCGUUCCGGGCCUCCUGGUCUUCCUGGUCCUAAGGGAAACAUGGGGUUGAACUUCCAAGGUCCCAAAGGAGAUAAGGGUAUUUCAAGGUCAGCAAGGUCCCUCCGGACCACCAGGACAAGUUGGGGAGCAACAAGACCCUCAGUGUCAAGUAUUCAGAAAGGAGAAACGGGUGAUCAAGGUUUACCUGGUCCACCUGGUGAUCCUGGUUAUCCUGGACCCCCUGGUUCAUCUGGUGGUUUGAAGGGAGAGAAAGGAGAAAACGGAGAAGCAGGCAAACGGGGCAAACCAGGGAAGGAUGGAGACCCAGGUCCUGCUGGAUUCCCUCCUUUUCCCCCGGGGGGGUCCCAAUCCUCCAAACGGCGCCCUCCUGUCCACCCUCCAUACGGAAGGCCUCCGGUCCAACCCUCCGUAACGGAGGCCUCGGUCCACCCUCCAUACGGAGCCACCUCCUGUUCCACCCUCCGUAACGGGGAGCCCUUCCGGCACCCUCCAUACGGAAGGCCUCCGGUCCACCCCCAACGGAAGCCUCCUGUCCACCCUCCAUUACGGAGCCUCCGGGUCCACUCUCCAGACGGAGGCUCUGUUUUCCAAAACCCUCCAUACGCGAGCCUCCGUCCACCCUCCUUAGCGGAGCCUCCUGUCCACCCCUCCAUACGAGCCCGUCACCUCGUAGACGUCCACCCCCUCCAGUACGCGAGCCUCCGCGCUCCACCCUCACAUACGGAAGGGCCUCCUGUCCUCAUACGAACCCCGCCCGUCCAACGGAGCCUCCGGUCCACCCUCCAUACGGAGGCCUCCUGUCCACCCUCCAAUACGCGGCCUCCGGUCCACCCUCCAACGGAGCCUCCUGUCCACGCCUCCAUACGAGCCUCCGUCCACCCUCCAUACGGAGCCUCCUGUCCACCCUCCGUACGGAGCCUCCGGUCCACCCUCCGUACGGAGCCUCCUGUCCACCCUCCAUACGGGCCUCCUGACCAACCCUUCCAUGACGGAUACUCCGGUCAACCCUCCUUACGGGAGCCUCGGGUCCACCCUCCAUACGGAGCCGCCGUCCACCCUCCAUACGGCGCCUCCGGGUCCACCCUCCAUACGGAGCCUCCGGGUCAACCAGGAACCACAGGUAUCGGAGGUGAAGAGGGCCAGCCUGACCCCGGGUUACCAGGCUUCCCAGGAGAGAGGGGCCAGAAGGGAGACGAGGGCCAGCCAGCCAUCUCCAUCCCCGGGAACCCAGGACGAGGUGGCGCCCCUGGUCUGCAGGGACCUCCAGGACCUCCUGGGCCCCCAGGGGUCUCCAAUGGGGGUAUUAACUGUAUAGGAGGGGCCACCGGGUUACCAGGACAACAGGGGAAUAUAGGAUUCCAAGGAGAGACCGGACAGAAAGGUGAGAAGGGAGACACCUGCAUUAACUGUUUCUCCAGAGGCAACAGUGUCCCUGGAGCACCAGGCCCUCCCGGACCUCCUGGGUUCCCAGGUGGACCAGGAGGACCAGGGGCUAAAGGUGACAGAGGAUUCCCAGGCGGUCCAGGGCCUUCAGGUUCUUCUGGUUUGCCCGGUUCCCAGGGUGCUCCUGGUUUCCCAGGAGAGAAGGGUGACCCAGGUGAGGCUACUGAUGUGAAUGGGGUGGGCGGAGACAAGGGAGACACAGGGUUUCCAGGACCCGCUGGCCUGCCUGGUCUGGACGGAAGACCUGGUCGCGAUGGAGGUCCUGGAGCUCCUGGACCCAAAGGAACAUCUGGAUCUCUAUUAGUGAAGGGUGAGCGAGGACCUCCAGGCGAGCCCGGUUCGCAGGGUCUCCCAGGUGACAGGGGUGCCAUCGGAUCCCCAGGCUUCGGCCCCCAGGGGCCCUCCGGAGAGAAGGGUGUCCAAGGUGUCUCAGGGAGAACGGGAACACCUGGAGCACCAGGAGGUAAAGGGGAGCCGGGUCAGACGAUAGCAGAGAAGGGCCUCCCAGGACCCCGAGGACAGGAUGGAGACCCCGGUCUACCUGGAAACCCAGGUAACCCCGGCGGGCCAGGACAGCCCGGUUUCCCCGGGUCACCAGGUCCCAAGGGUGAUCCCGGCCUCUCUGGCAUCGGACUGCCAGGACCCACCGGAGCUAAAGGAUUCCCUGGCUCACCUGGUUUGCCAGGUGGUCCCGGAGGUCCAGGUAGACCAGGUGUGGACGGGUUCCCCGGACAGCCAGGUGCACCUGGAGCUAAGGGAGAGCCAGGCUUCGGGCUGCCAGGUCCCCAGGGCUCACCAGGCUUGCCCGGAGAUAAAGGAUUCCCUGGGCCCAAAGGAGACUCUGGUUUCCCUGGCAACCCCGGCUUGCCAGGACGAUCCGGCCUUGAUGGCGGCCCUGGUGCCAAAGGUGACUCUGGUAUCCCUGGUAGACCCGGAGCUCGUGGCCCUCAAGGAUCACCCAACAUCGGCUCUCAGGGUGUCCCCGGCCCUGUCGGACCCCCAGGACCUAUGGGUCCUCCAGGAUACUCAGGCAACAAUGGAGAGAAGGGAGACUCCGGUCUUCCUGGCCCGGGCAUUACAGGYUUGCCAGGAGACAGAGGAAGUCCCGGUUUCCCCGGCAGCCCCGGGGGAGGUGGACCUCAGGGUAACCCCGGUGGUCCUGGCCGCGAUGGAAUACCUGGCCUGCCUGGUGGUAAAGGAGACAUGGGUGUAAUGGGAACUCCUGGAUCUCUGGGAUCCCCUGGCAACCCCGGAGGGCCCGGCUUCCCUGGACCUAAAGGUGACGAUGGUUUCCCAGGGCGACCAGGUGGGACCGGCAGUCCAGGUCUGAAGGGAGACAGAGGAGACCCCGGUCUCAUAGGACUCCCCGGUCCCAGCAACACUCCCCCUUCAAUCAAGGGAGCCAAUGGAGAUGUAGGAGAACCAGGUUUGCGAGGUCAGCCGGGUCAGAAGGGUAUUUUCGGUCUCCCUGGAGACGCUGGUAUAUCAGGACAGGAUGGAAGACCUGGGUUACCUGGACCUCAAGGUCCCAAAGGAGACAUGGGUAUCCCUGGAGUAUCCGGCUCACCAGGAAGCCAAGGACUUAAAGGCAACAUGGGAGAUAUGGGCUUCCCAGGACCCACAGGAGCGAAAGGAACUCCAGGCCAGCUAGGUCGGUCGGGCGUACCCGGCAGUUCAGGAGCACCAGGGUUCCCCGGAGCUAAAGGAGACCCAGGUUCCCCCGGAUUUGGUGCCACAGGAGCUACAGGUCCCAAGGGUGAGCCCGGUCGGUCGGGAUUCCCCGGACAAAAUGGAGAGAAAGGAACUCCCGGAACACCAGGUCUUCCAGGGUUUCCCGGCGGCCCCGGAGCCAAAGGCGACCCCGGCCUCCCAGGAUUCCAAGGUUCUCCCGGUAUUCCCGGGCCUAAGGGUCUGGACGGUACCCCUGGUAACCCCGGUCCCGCCGGAGGCCCCGGGCGACCGGGAGAGAAUGGCCGUGCCGGAUCACCUGGGUUCCCAGGCGACAAGGGUCAGGCAGGCCGCGACGGAAUCCCUGGACCAGCGGGAGUCAAAGGAGACCAAGGUCUUUCUGGUUUCGGCGGCCCCGGUUCUCCUGGUCUCCCAGGGUCACCAGGUGCUAAGGGAGAUUUUGGCGCCCCUGGUCUUCCGGGUAACCCUGGGUUCCCUGGUCAGAAGGGAGAGAUGGGCUUUCCCGGCCAACCUGGGUCCCCCGGGAGCAUCGGGCCCCCUGGUGGCCCAGGUGUGGCCCUCCAGGGGCCCAAGGGUAACAGUGGAUCCCCCGGCCCCCCUGGAAGAGGAGGUCCUCCUGGCCCCGAGGGUCCCCGUGGCCCUGGGGGCAGCGGAGGGACCAAAGGUGAGAAGGGAAUCCCUGGAUUAUCCGGAUCCCCUGGUUUCCCCGGAGCGAAGGGAGAAUUGGGAUCGCCCGGAUUCCCAGGUAUUCCUGGCCCUCCUGGUGGCAGCGGGCUGAAGGGAGACAUCGGACUUCCCGGCGUACCCGGAUUCCCAGGACUAAAGGGAGAAUCUGGAAGGCCUGGAUCAUCCGGUCUACCUGGAGAUCCUGGAGAUCCUGGUCCUGCUGGAAUCCAAGGUGACCCAGGUGUCGCUGCGUCCCCCAUCCCACUGAAGGGAGAACGUGGCCCCCCUGGCCCUUCAGGUCUGCCAGGCAACCGUGGCUCCCAAGGACCUCCCGGACAGGAGGGACGCUCAGGUCAGCCUGGUCAACCAGGGGACCCCGGUCCUGAAGGACCGCCAGGAUUCAGUGGAGCCUUCGGCCGCAAGGGAGACUCUGGACCCGCCGGACAGCCAGGUCAGCGUGGGUACCCAGGUCCCACUGGUUCAGAUGGUCAGCAGGGCCCCCCAGGUAACCCCGGCUCAGCCUCUGUGACCCAUGGCUUCCUGAUCUCGAGACACAGCCAAGCUGAUUAUGUCCCUACCUGCCCCGAAGGGACCAGCCUCAUCUACGACGGAUUCUCUCUGCUCUACGUACAGGGCAACGAGAGGGCACACGGACAGGACCUAGGUACUGCUGGUAGUUGCCUGCGUCGGUUCAGCACCAUGCCAUUCAUGUUCUGUAACAUCAACAACGUGUGUAACUUCGCCUCCCGUAACGACUACUCCUAUUGGCUGUCUACACCCAUGCCCAUGCCCAUGAGUAUGGCCCCCAUCACAGGAGAAGGCAUCAAACCUUACAUCAGCAGGUGUGCAGUGUGUGAGGCCCCUGCCAUGGUGAUCGCUGUACACAGUCAAACCAUUCAGAUCCCCACCUGCCCCAACUACUGGGAACCACUGUGGAUCGGAUACUCCUUCAUGAUGCACACCAGUGCAGGUGCUGAGGGCUCUGGUCAGGCUCUGGCCUCUCCUGGCUCCUGUCUAGAGGAGUUCCGGAGCUCUCCCUUCAUCGAGUGUCACGGCCGAGGGACCUGCAACUACUAUGGAAACACAUACAGCUUCUGGCUGGCCACUGUCGACCAAUCAGAAAUGUUCAGGAAGCCGCAGUCAGAGACGCUGAAGGCAGGUAACCUAGCGACGCGCAUUAGCCGCUGUGUGGUCUGUAUGAAGAGGACGUAACAGCGCGGUGGCAACCGUUGCCGGGGACGACCGACAACGACGACAAUGGCGGCAGGCGGGCGGAGUGGGUGUGAUGUUGACGUCUCCGUGAGAACAAGGUGGAAUUCCAACGGUGCAUUGUCUUCCGGAAACAGCAAAUUAAAUGGUGCUACUGUGCAACACAGCAAGAAAAGAAAAAAUGUUGAUAAAAUGAAUUUAUUUAAUCUUUUAUUCUUUUUACUUACCUCAAGUAUGUCAAAAAGAAACACACAAAAUCCACAAAUGGUGCCAUGGUGAAUGUGUGACAAAAGUGCAUUUUGUUUCAAUUUUUUCUCUUUCGCAGAGAAUAUAUAUAUAUAUACCAUCAAUAAUGGUAACACUUCAUUUUAAGGGGUCCUUAUUACAGUGUAAUUAGAUGUGUAAUUGCGCUGUAUCAAAUAUUGUAGUUAAUUGUAAUAACUCAUAGUUACACUGUAAUAACAACAUGUAACUGGUGAUAAUUGCAGUCUGUAAUUACAGAGGUGUAACAAAUGC